AUGGGUCGUAAGAUAGACAUGAAGAAGAUCGAGGAUAUUACAAAAUGUCAAGUUACUUUUUCAAAGCGUCGUAGCAGCUUGAUCAAGAAAGCUCAAGAGAUUUCAGUCUGCUGCGACGUAGAUGUUGCAUUUGUUGCCUUCUCUCCUUCCGGUCGCAUCAGCAAGUUCUGCAGCCAGAAAAGGAAAAGCAAGAGAAGCUUAGGCAACUUCACCACAUUAAAGAAUCUUGAACUACAAAUCAAGAAGAGCACACUAGAACUACAGAUACUGGAAGCCGAUCUCCGGGAUUAUGAACCAGGCCCGGAACAAGAGCCUUCGCUUCAUCAACUUUCAUGGUGCGAGAGAAAUAUAGAACAGUCUUUGCAACGAGUCAUGGCCCGAAAAGUCAGUUCUAAAACCUAA